UGUGGUAAUCAGUACCGCCCGAAACUUAAACCUUAUCAGUUGUAUUUUGUGAAGGAGCUGCUGAAUUCCAUUUUAUUUGUGAUCUAAUAAAUAAUCCUUUGAUCCAUUAUGAAUUGUUGGAUUAUUUUGGCCUUGAGCUUUUGUGUUUUCUACCAAAGUGCCUCUGCGGGCAAUGGAUACACCUACGAACAACCAAUCAAAAUUAGGUCAGAAGUUCCUGCGGAAGACGUUCAAAGUGACUUUUCAAUUGACGAAUUCAUAACCAACCAAAAACAAAACAUCUUUUCGUCCUUUUCUCAAAAGGGUCCAUCUUUGAAGACUUGUGCUCAAUGCUCUUGUGGAGUUCAAAAUGGCAACCGAAUCGUUGGUGGUACUCAAGUUCGUCACAACAAAUACCCAUGGAUGGCACAGCUUCUAAAGGGUUCAAGAAAUCUUUUCUGUGGUGGAGCUUUGAUCAACGAUCGUUAUAUUCUAACAGCUGCUCAUUGUAUUCACAAUAAUAAUUGGCAAUCGAUUUCGGUUCGUUUGCAAGAAUACGAUCGUAGCUUUAAUGCUGUCAAGAAUGGAAUAACUCGAAAGGUCUCUAAAGCUAUUGUCCAUGAAAAAUAUAAUCCAACAACUGUGGAAAAUGAUAUUGCAUUGUUGCGAUUGGACUCGCCAGUUCCAUUAACCGAUCCUCUAAGGCCAAUUUGCUUGCCAGCAGCUAACCAGAACUUUGAUUUGAAACAGGGUAUUGUUGCUGGUUGGGGCUUAACCAAGGAGAACGGUUUUGUUUCGUCAAUCUUACAAGAAGUCACUGUGCCAAUUAUUACCAAUGCUCAAUGUAGGGCUACUCAAUAUAAAUCAAAGAUCUUAGAAACUAUGUUGUGUGCUGGUGUUGUAUCAACUGGUGGAAAGGAUGCCUGCCAGGGUGACAGUGGUGGUCCAUUAGGAGUAAUGGAUAGAACUAUGAAAAUUGCAGGAGUGGUUUCAUUCGGUUAUGGUUGUGCCAAACCAAAUGCUCCUGGAGUAUAUACUCGAGUUUCGAAAUACUUGGACUGGAUUAGUAAGAAUACUGCUGAUGCAUGCUAUUGUAACAAAUAAAAACUUUAACUUAAAUUAUGAAAAAUAAAAUAUUUAUUCACAUAUUUAUAAACAAUAA